AUGGGAAGCCUACCUGAUUUACACAUCGUUAUUGUUGGUGGCGGAAUCGCCGGCCUAGCCACUGCUUGUGCUCUUAGACAUCCCAACAGACGCAUCACCGUACUCGAGCGCUCUCGUCUUCUUCGUGAAGUCGGUGCUCUCAUUUCUCUCCAGCCAAAUGCUAGCAAGAUUAUCACUAAGUGGAAACUUGAUCAAUUUCUUGAGAGCGCAGAGCCCCAGAUCGAUCAAGGAUUCAGAAUCUUUGAUGCUGAUGGCAAUUUGGUGAGAGAACUGCCUUUUCAAAAAGGGCAGUUUGGCGCAGAUCGUGUCCUUUAUCACAGACAAGAUCUGCAGUCUGCUCUUGGUACUGCAGCGGCCAGCGAAUUGAUCCCAGGAAACCCUGUGGAGAUUCGAACUGGUUGUCAAGUGGCGAGCGUCGACUGCGAGGAAGGUAUUGUGAAGCUUGACUCCGGGGAAGAAGUCCGAGGAGACGUCAUCAUUGGAGCAGAUGGCAUUCACAGUGCUGUGAGAACAGCUGUUGUAGGGGAGAAGAGGGAACCCUUACCAACUGGAACAUCAGCAUAUCGAAUGCUGAUACCCACUGAGAAUCUAAAGGGUCUUACUCUACCUGACAAGGUUCUGGACCCUGCGGAUCCCAAAACAACCAUGAUCAUGGGCCAUGACAGGAGAAUCAUCAUGGGACCGGGAAGAGGCAGCAAACUCUACGGUAUCGUUGCUUUGGUGCCAGACGAGAAGCUUGCAGAGGAGAGCUCAGAUAGUUGGGUAGCACCCGGCAGUAUCGAGAAACUCCUAGAAGCAUACUCAGAUUUCCCAUCUUGGCUACACGACAUUUUCAAGGCAGCGCCGGAUAUCGCACUCUGGCAGCUCCGUGACAUUGAUCCUCUACCAAAUUGGGUCAAGGGACGUACCAUUCUCAUUGGCGACGCUGCGCAUGCCAUGUUACCCACACAAGGCCAAGGUGCUUCCCAAAGCAUCGAAGAUGCAGAAGCCAUUAGUGCUUUCUUGUCGGAAGUCCGCUCCAGAGAACAGGUUGGGGAGGCUCUGGAGAGGGUAUUUGCAGCCAGAUAUGACAGAGCGACGUUGAUUCAGAAGUUCAGCAGGGAACAGGCGAAGCCAGCAACGGACGGUGUCAGCAAGGAGAUUAAGUUAGAUCCUGCACAGUUUGUGAAGUACAAUAGUGACUAUGAUGGGGCUGCGGAUUGGGAGCAACGGCAGAAGGACGGGACCGCGGUUCCGUGA